UCCUUUAUGAUUUUUAAUGAUUUCUACUCCCUUUUCAUUCUUCUUUCAGGAGAUUAAUCCUUUUCUGGGUUUUGUUUCCUUGAUGAAAAUUUUCCAACCCCACUUCAAAAUUUUGAAUUUCAAAGCUGCAUUCUUGAGAGUUUUUUGAAACUGAGUUUGUUGCAUUUUGAUUUGUUUGUAUCAGUAAAUUUUGUUUUGCUUUCUUAUUUUUCGAGUAAAAAGGGAUGCAAACCGUUUCUAAAUUUCCGGUUCCCUUUUAUGGCUGCAAGUGAAAAUUCUAGUGCUUGAAUUUUAAAUGUCCGUAGUGUUUGGAAAUUGCAGUUUUUUCCAGUACGGAUCAUCUGACUCAAAUUGUUUUUGGUGUUGGGAAUCCAGCCUUGAUGAUUUAAAAGAGAGGAUCUUAAUUUAAUAAGUUACUGAUAGAUGAGGUUCUUAUAAUGAUUGAUGUAGUACAUUUCAGUUAAAAUAAUAAGAACUACAUCUUAAUCCCAGCAUUUAAUAUUGAUAUAAUUUAAGAUCUAUGAUUGAGUGAUUGAGUCUAAUUGGACAAAAUUGGUAUCUUCUUCGUCCAGACUGUAAUGAAGAUGAUGUUGCCCUUUUUUGCAUCUGUUGUUUAUGCUGUCUUUUUCUUCAAAAUUUACAAAAGCUAUAAUUUAAAUUUCAAAACAUACUGUGUGGGUGUGUGCAAAAUAGUGUAUAUUUUUUUUUGCGAUGAUACAGUGGUCACCUUCAAUAGUAGUAGUAAUGAAGACAAGUCCUGAAGCCCGUGAACUUGAAGGGAUUCAUUAAUUUAAUGCUUUUUAAUUGGUGGGUUAAUGAGUAGAGCAUUGCUACAGACUGACGCCCGGAAUAACUGCAUACUUUUUUGUUUCUCUCUCUUUCUUUCUUUUUUCUGAACUGUUCAUGAUUGGUCUGAUGGAUUUUAUAUGAAAUCAUUUUUGUUUAUUGCAACCCAGAAAUUUAUUCUCUCUUUUCUUUUUUCCCCUUUUCAGGAUUUCAAUUUCAAUACUGGACUUUGCUGCCAAUGACAUGAUCACUCCUUACACUCAGAGUUGACAAACCCGGGAAUCUUUCACUUUGCCAAUUGAUCAAUUUAGUUAUAAUGUCUGCUUUUACCUGAAAGAAACUAGGAUUUGGCCGAUAAAAUUUCUGUAAGAAAGUUGUAGAGGUGGAAGGGGGUGAUGAAUUUAAGUAGCUUGUUCUUCAGUUGGAUCCAGUAGAUCAUUGUUUCUAGUUGAAUUUUUGGUGUUGGGUAGAUUAUUCAGAGAGGAAAUGCUGCGGACUGAGCUGUGUUCGGCACGAAUUCUAUCGCCCUUUCGGGAUGAAAGUGGUGAUGAUGAAUUGACUGUUCUUCCUAGGCACACUAAAGUCGUCGUCACUGGAAACAACAGAACCAAGAGUGUUUUGGUUGGUCUUCAAGGUGUUGUCAAGAAAGCUGUUGGACUUGGUGGUUGGCAUUGGCUGGUUUUGAAGAAUGGGGUUGAAGUCAAAUUACAGAGGAAUGCUUUGAGCGUGUUGGAACCUCCUACUGGUAAUGAAGAAGAUGACGAGUAUGUUUUCAGUGACUCUACUAGUGGCUCUGAUAUGGGUGAAAAGGACACCCCUCAUUUUUCUGCUGGUAUGCAGUUCAGCAAAUUUGGAAAGCCUAGAGUUCGCUAUGCAAGGCCAUGGGUUCAUUCUGCAUCCACAAAGUCUGUCAAUCGCAGCAGUUCACGAGAAAUUCUAUCUGAUAACCAUGCCACUCAACAGCAACCGAGAAUGAUCAUGACAAACUUGGGAACCGGCUCAUUGUGGAGAUAUUUUCAGAGCUAUAAACUGGCAAGCAUUAACCCUAACCCCCCAAAGGAACAGCUAGUUAAGAUUGUGCAGCAGCACUUUUCUUCUCAGCGAGUUGAUGAGGUACAGGUGGUUGUGGAUUUCGUCCGUGCAGCAAAGAGAUUAAGAACUGUUGAUGCACAUUGAGUUGGAUACUGAUCGUAAUAGAAUUGACUACAACUCGGUUGCUGUAAUAUAUAAGUAUAUAGUGGUGAUCCUUUUAACUUAAUCUUUCAGCUCUGAUCAUAGACUGCUAAUGUUGUCUCUAAUGUAAUGGACUCUGGAAUUGUUUGGUAGGCUGUGCAGCUAAUGCAUCCAAGCAUCUCUAUUUAACCAUUUUGUUACACAAUGUAAGUGCAGUAGCUCUUUUUGAGAUUUGUUUAAUGUCCAAGAUUUAUCCGCUCACCAAAACAUGCUGAUUUUUCUUUUCUUAUAACCGUGAUCGGAGUAAAGGAUGUUGCAUUUGCUCUUAAGAUACUACAAAUUUAGGGGGAUGUAAUAUUUGUCGGUGAU